AAAUGCUUGAAGAAGAAGUACAUAAUUGAAAAUGUUUAAACUCGUCGUGAUUUUUGCAUUGGCUGUAGCUAUUUUCGUUGAAGGGAUGGAAGAAAAAAAUAAAGGAUGUGGUUCAGGAAGCAAUUAUUACCAACAAGGUUGUACUGGUGGAAUCAACAUUCAAGGUGGUGUGUUCAAAAAAGAAAUCAUAGACAUCCAACAUAAUAACGGAGGUCAAAAUGGACAUGAUAAUAAUCAAUUUGGAGCAGAUUCUGGUCAAGAUGGACCACAUAGUGGCUCACAUAGUGGAUUAAAUCAACAUCAUGGUGAUUCACAUGCAGGAAUCCAAGAAAACAAAACAGGCUCGGGAAGCCAUUAUUACCAACACGGAAAUAUUGGAGGACUCAAUUAUCAAAAUGUUGUGAUCAAAGACAAAGUCAUUGGCACCCAACAUAAUGGCGGAGUUGGACAAGGAGAGUACGCCGGAAGUCAACCUAUAUAUGGAAAUAAUCAUUUUGAUUCACAAGGUAGUCACGAUGGUCAACAAAGCUUUUCAUAUGGAGAAUUUGAUCAACAUUAUGGAGUUGUUAACGAGCAUGUUGCACAAAAAGGCUCAGGAGCCAAUUAUCACCAACAUAAUAAUAAUGGCGGAAUCAACAUUCAAGGUGUUGAGUUCCAACAUCAAAUAAUAGGCACUCAAAAUAAUGCCGGUGUUGGGCAAGGCGAUCAUGGAGGAAGUCAAUAUGGACACGGGUAUAAUCAGUUUGUAACACAAGGUAGUCACUAUGGUCACCAAGGCGAUACACACGAUGGAGUCAUUAACGGACAUGGUCCACAUGACCCACAAAAAGUCUCUGAAGAAAACUAUCACCAACACAGUAACAAUGGUGGAGUCAACAUUCAUGAUAGCCACUUUCAACAUCAAACUAUAGGCACUCAAAAUAAUGCCGGUGUUGGACAAGGCGAUCAUGGAGGAAGUCAAUAUGGACACGGGUAUAAUCAGUUUGUAACACAAGGUAGUCAAUAUGGACACCAAGGUGAUACACACGAUGGAGUCAUUAACGGAUAUGGUCCACAUGAUCCACAAAAAGUCUCUGAAACCAACUAUCACAAACACAGUAACAAUGGUGGAGUCAACAUUCAAGAUAGCCACUUUCAACAUCAAACUAUAGGCACUCAAAAUAAUACCGGUGUUGGACAAGGCGAUCAUGGAGGAAGUCAAUAUGGACACGGGUAUAAUCAGUUUGUAACACAAGGUAGUCAAUAUGGUCACCAAGGCGAUACACACGAUGGAGUCAUUAACGGACAUGGUCCACAUGACCCACAAAAAGUCUCUGAAGCCAACUAUCACCAACACAGUAACAAUGGUGGAGUCAACAUUCAUGAUAGCCACUUUCAACAUCAAACUAUAGGCACUCAAAAUAAUGCCGGUGUUGGACAAGGCGAUCAUGGAGGAAGUCAAUAUGGACACGGGUAUAAUCAGUUUGUAACACAAAGUAGCCAAUUUGAUCAACAGGGUGCUUCACAUGGUGGAUUUGAUCAAAAUCAUGGUAGCAUACCUGGAGCUAUUAACGGACAUGAUUCACAUGACCCACAAAAAGGCUCAGAAGCUAACUAUAUUCAACAGGGUAAUAGCGGCGGAAUCAAUAUUCAGGGGGGUGUGUUUGAACAAGAAAUCAUAGGAGUCCAAAAUAAUGGCCCAGUUGGACAAGGUGAGAAUGUAGGAGGUCAAUAACAUGGAUAGGCUUCGCAUACGGAUAUUCAAUUUGUUCAACAUGAUGGAGACUAACUAGAUAGCUUACACUGACACGGUUCAUAAGAACCACAUGAUC